AUGAUCGAGCCGGCGACGGUGUCGAAUGGUGACGUGGCUGAGUCGAUUCGGUCACGGAAGCUUGAGAAGGCGGAUGCUCCUCUGAGUUCUCCUCGUGAAGCACCGGUGACUCAGAGACACGGUGCUGCCACCCCAGUGCAGCAGGCGAUCCCCAUGGCGCUGGAAACGAUGGCGAUGCAGAUUGUGUGGCUGGUAGUCUGUCCUGUGGCCGAGCUGGUAAGUCGCAAGUGUGGAGAUCGCUUCGAAGCCGAGUUCUUUGCUGGGAUGAGCUGGAGUCUCCCUCUGCCAAUCGAGGCCGCGCUGAAUGGGGCUUCUAUUUAG